CUCAAUGUAAGUCCUUUUUCCGGCCACAGAGCCCCCCGCAACACAUCGCCAUAAAAACCUCAACCAGCCGACACGCCGUUUCAAAACCCUAGUUUUUGAUCGUCUCCAUUUCACACGAUCGAAGCUCCGAUUUCAUCAAUGGAUCUCAAGAACCCCAUCAAUGGAGCUCGGAGUUCCGAUUCCUUGGUGGAGUCCUUGUUUCACAGGAGGAUUGAUUUCCAUCCGGCUCGGAAGCCAUCUUCCGUUCAAUCAGUCGGCGGCGACUUCCAUCUUGAGACUUUGAAUGCAGGGGCAAGCUCGCAGAUGCCACCGGUGAGCACCGGAGCCUUGUCGGUGGGGAAAAAAUCGGAGGGUGCUGGGGAGCUCGUUGAACAUGGGCUGGACUCUGAGCUCAGCUUCAAGAUCACCUACCGUAGGAUUGGUGCCGGUUUAGAAAAUCUUGGGAACACAUGCUACCUCAAUUCAGUUCUUCAAUGUUUGACAUAUACUGAACCUUUUGCGGCAUAUUUGCAGAGUGGAAAGCAUAAAUCUUCAUGUCACACUGCUGGGUUUUGUGCAAUGUGCGCCCUCCAAAGUCAUGUCAUGGAUGCUCUUCGGUCAACUGGGAAGAUAUUAUCACCAUUACAUCUUGUUAAGAACCUGCGCUGUAUAUCUCGUAAUUUUCGCAAUUCUAGACAAGAAGAUGCUCAUGAGUACAUGGUUAACCUGCUAGAGUCGAUGCAUAAAUGCUGUUUACCUUCUGGAGUGCCAAGUGAGUCUCCUGUUGCUUUCGAGAAAAGUUUGGUCCACAAGAUUUUUGGCGGUCGUCUCAGGAGUCAGGUGAAAUGCACACAAUGUUCUUAUUGUUCCAAUAAGUUUGAUCCUUUUUUGGAUUUGAGCCUGGAAAUUACAAAGGCUGACUCUUUACAUAAAGCAUUUGCACGCUUCACUGCUGUUGAAGAAUUAGAUGAUGGCAAGAAGCAAUACCAGUGCCAGCAUUGCAAACAAAAAGUCAGGGCACUUAAACAACUCACCAUUCACAAGGCUCCAUAUGUUCUCACAAUUCAUCUUAAGCGCUUUGGUUCUAGUAUCCCUGGACAAAAGAUUGAUAAAAGGGUGGAGUUUGGUCCUGCUUUGGAUUUGAAACCCUUUUUAAGCGAACCCCAUGAUGAUCUGAAGUACACUCUUUAUGGUGUUCUGGUACAUGCUGGUUGGAGCACCCAUUCUGGUCAUUACUAUUGUUAUGUUCGCACAUCAAGCGGGAUGUGGCAUUCUCUUGAUGACAAGCAGGUUUUCCAAGUCAGCGAGAAGACUGUAUUGGCACAAAAGGCUUAUAUGUUAUUUUAUGUUCGUGACAGAAGUACCACAACCAAACGGCAAGUUGAUGCUAUAUGCAAGGAAAAUAGAGCUGAAAAUGUUUCUGGGCAUAAAGUGGUUUCUCAUGCAGCAAGACAAAAUACGCCAUUGAAAGAAGCUGCUUCUUUUCAAGAGAAAGGCGCGAACCUACCAAAGGAAAUUUCGAUAUCUCAUAAUAAAAGCCAUGCUAAACUAAAAGAAGCUUUAGCAUUACAAAACAGCAAUAACAGUUUGACCAAAGAACUACAAACAACAGCCCUCUCAAAGGAUUCAUCAAACUUAUCUGCUAUUACCAAGACUGGCAGCCAGCUGAUGAUGGAAGAGUUUCUGCACAUAUUUCAAGCAAAAGAUAGUGCUGCCGCAUCUCGUACUGUUGAUGUCCCCCUUAUAUCUAAUGUUGACACCAAUGCGAACUGUCAGAAUAUUAUUACAGACAGAGAACUUAACAAUAGACCUCCAAGACCAGGGCAUAUGGUUGAUUCAAAGCACUCUGGUAUGACUGAAGCAACUCAGAAGGAAGCUAAUGAGCAUGCAAGAAUUGGAAACCAGGUACCUAACUUUUAUGUGAUGAUCUUGGAAUAUGAUAACUUCAAAAUCAGAAGAAAUUUUAUGAACAAACCGCUAAAAGACUCACUUGGUGACUGCUGCCAGACUGCUCCUAAACGAAGAAAGCUUGACAAAUUCACGCUUGAAAGAACCAUGUGUUUUGGCCGGAAGCAGCUAUUUCUUUCAGUUUUAAGCCUUCAAAAAAGGAAGAAAAAGAGAUGCAAAAGAUCACGUGUAAAUUCAAGAAAAGGGAUGAAGCAUAAAACUGGGGAAAAUCCCCAGAGCGAUGACUGUGGGGCAUCUACAUCUAAAGCUGUUUUAAAUGUUUCUUCUAAUUCAAUUCAUUCAUCAAGAAAACAAUCCCGUUCACCUUUGGAUUUGAAGAAAGAUAGUGAAGGUAUCAAUGAUGUAAAAUGCUGCAAUGGCAGUUCCAUGAAUACCAAUAAAGGAGCUAUGGAGGAGAUGAGUAAUAAAGUACUUUCUGCUCAUGAGCAAUCAAAGAAUUUCCUGGACUCUUCUGCAGACCGACACAAGGCAAGAGAGACAGCUGUCUUAAAAAAUGCAGAUCACCAAGUUUAUCUAAGUCUGCUGAUGAGGGGCUUGAAAGAAACUCAUGUUGCACAGUGGGAUGACAUGGAUUCCCCUUCAUUUCAGUCCAAUGGCUCAACAGAUGCAGGCAAUAAUGCUAUUGGUUAUGUGCCGGAUGAGUGGGAUGAGGAUUACGAUCGGGGUAAGAUGAAAAAAAUGAAGAAGGCCAAGCGAUCAUUCGAUGGGCCGAAUCCCUUCCAAGAAGCUGCUAACUUGAAAGCACAGAAGAAAUCGAACCCAAAUGUGAACCGGCGGCCUAGUUCGGCAAACACGCCCUUCAGGAUAUGAUUACUGGAAAAAUCUCCUCUGUUGUUGUGAUUGUGCAAUUUUGGAAGGUCAAUCGUCCCGUCAGCUACCCUUUUUCUUCUAUCUUUUCUUUUUUGAACAAGCGUAUUAUUAAUACCACCCAAACUAUUUUGUGUUAUUUAUUGGAGUGAAAAAUCAAAAACAAAGUUGUAGCCAUUUGUGUUUCUUU